GAGAGAGAGAGAGAGAGAGAGUUGCCGUCCCUGUUCUUUGAUUGGCGGUCAAGGCGGUGAUGGAUCCGGACGCGGUGGCGAAGGCGUUCGUGGAGCACUACUACCGGACGUUCGACAGCAGCCGGGCGGCGCUCGGGGUGCUUUACCAGGACGCCUCCAUGCUCACCUUCGAGGGCGACAAGAUCCAGGGCGCCGCCGCUAUCGUCGCCAAACUGUCCUCCCUUCCCUUCCAGCAGUGCGCCCACGUCAUCGCCACCGUCGACUGCCAGCCCUCGGGACCCUCAGGCGGCAUGCUCGUCUUCGUCAGCGGCUCCCUCCAGCUCGGCGGCGAGCAGCACCCCCUCAAGUUCAGCCAGAUGUUCCAUCUGAUGCCGACGCCGCAGGGGAGCUUCUACGUGCUGAAUGACAUAUUUCGCCUGAACUAUGCCUGAGCAGAUCUUUUAUACCGUCUGGAGUGUGGUGUUUGGAUGACAGGAGAAGAAGCUGCUUUGUGUAGUAGAUCUCCAAUUUAGAGAAGAUUGUUGUUGUGAACAUCGAUGGUGGUUCCGAGAAAGGAACUGAACCUUUUCUACAUAAUCUUGCCUCUUCAAGGGGGAUAUUGUGUUUGUGAUGAAACCGAUGGAUUGUGUUACCGUCAGAUUCUUUUUGAGUUAAUUCUAUGGCAUUCGAUCGAUGAUGCCUUUUGGUUCA